GACUGCUGUACCUAUACCGCGUGGCAUCUCGCGAAAAGGAAUCUGUCUCGUCGAAGUCAUUCCGUAGCCCUCCAACGCCAUCACCGAAAGGACUCCGUAACCGACCAUGUUUAGGCCCGUGUCAUUCGGCGUCUUGGUAUUUGCAAGCCUGCUUGUCCUGUGCACAGGUCAGGUGUUCCCCGAUGGCUGCACGCUGCAGGACCACUGCUACGAGUCGGCGGCCAUGGAGGCGCUCGAGCUUGUUGGGAAGCACGACCAGCUUAUCCCGCUCUGCGAAGCGCUGAAGAAUGACACUGGGUUCCAGAACUGUGCGCUUGCGUAUGGAAACGAUAGCUGUGACACCAAUCCGUGGACAGCACCGGCUAAUGCCUUUGUGGAGAGCCUUUGCAGCGAGGACAAUCUGCGUAUCUUCUCAGCGCCUCAGUUACCCCACGGCCAAUGCUUCCACCUAAACUUUGCCGUAGAGUGCGUGGGCAGGUCUCUGGGCGAGUACGGGAGCAUCAGAGAAUUCCUGCGAUCGGAGCGCAACGAGAGCGUAUGCAGUACUGUUUCGAAGGAGCUGCGAAGUUGCGCGCCGGGCGUCUACGAGGGCUGCAACCAGAAGGAACCCAUACGGACAGCCCUCAAUAACGUGACGGGCGCCCUGCUUCACUCCAUUGGCUGCCAGGCCAGCAAGGAUGCUGAGGGCCCUCAUAAUGGCGACCAACCUCCCGCGCCCCAAGCGCCGGCACCCUCGGACAGCAGCGACUGCGAGACCCGGAUGACGCACGUGACGGCUUGCCUGCGCGAAAUCGUCAGCCCCAAUACCGUCGCCAAAGAGCUCCUCGAGAAAGUCCGCAACCAGCCCAUGGACUACGACGAGGCCUUCUGCAGGACCUACGAGAACGUGAUCGAGUGUAAGAAGAACAUCCUUACCAGCGACUGUUACACCAAGGCUACCCGCAGUGCCCUGGAGCGGAACAUCAAAGCCUUCGACACGGCACGUAGCUGGCUGUGCGACAAUGAACGGGCAAAGCUGCGUGAAUUCGCGGUAGCAUUUCACGGCGACGGCUGCAACCCUGACGAUGAUGCCAUAAGCGAGUGCGCUAACAUCUUCGUGCACAACGUUUCCCAAUCCGGAUCUGCUCUGUCUCCUGGCUCAGCAAACAAGCUGUUCCAGAACCAGCUGGACUGCAUCCGCGGCGAAUUCCAGACUUGCAAGGCUGAAGGCGCCUCCAUGACCGUAGUCGACGGCUACCUGCGAGCGGCACGAACGGCGUUCGUCACCGUCGCAGUCUCCGGUGCGACCAGAGCAUCCGCGAGUGGCUCCUGCCUGCUGCCAUUCCUUCUCUUCUUUGCACAAGCGACGGUCAAACGCGUCAUGUCGAGAUGUUCGUGAGGCGCACGGAGGGAGAUGCGCAGCGUUACACGAAAGAAGACAGAGCUGGUCAAAGACAAUCUGUGAUCUCAACUAGUUCCUUGCGCAUAAAAAAUGUCAUUAGGCGUGAACACGCCUUAUUUCAGAAACUGCGUCUUCUGUUGCAAAAGAACCACAGUGUGGAGGAGGAAUAAACUUUUAGUAUAGAACCAA